UGUAACAAAGAAGGUCACAUUAAAACUGAAUGUCCUUUUAAUAAACACUAUAAAAAUAAUAAGUUUGUCAAGGACAAGACAGAGAGUGUUAUCAAUAAAUCAAAGGAUAAAGCUUUGCUAGUAUCGUCCUCAUCUGUGUCGUCUUCGUCUGUAUCGUCUUCUCCUGUGUCGUCUAUGUCGUCUUCACCUUUGUCAUCUUCACUUGUAUCAUGUACAAAAUCUUCAGUAUCAGAAGAUUGGUUUGUAGACUCAGGUGCGACUAUACAUCUGUCAAAUAAGAAGGAUUGGUUUCAAGAUUACGACGAAAGUACUGGACACAGUGUAGCUGUUGCAAGUGGACAAUCGCUCAACGCAUGUGGAACUGGAAAUGUAAUAAUCUCUACAAAAAACGUUUUCAACUCAACAGGUUGCCAGGUCUAUGAUGCUGAGGAUU